CUUUUAAUAAGAGUAGAACAAACAGAAAAGACAGCAUUUUCAGAGCAAUUCUUGAAGAAAGAUUGUAAAAUAAGUGAAGUAGUUUUAACCUUUAAUCCAUAGAGAUUUUAACCUAUAAUUCAAAAUAACUGUCGUGAGUAUUUCAUUCUCGUUAGUUUAAAGUAAGAACACCCUGAAAAAGUUAUCACUUUUUGAGUUUUUUUUUUUCUUGCCACGACACGAAUAAUAAUAACUCCGCGAUACUAAUAACUUUCCACUCUUUCUAAAUCCCUAGGAAAGAAAGAAAGAAAGAACAGAGAUGGCCGGAACAAUCCGGAAUAGGGCAACUUUUGCCACCGGUCUGUGGAAAAACCUCGCUAGAUCGGCACCCUCCUCCUCUCCGGUCAUUCCUGCUGCUGCUGCUGCUGAUUCUGUAGCCAGACGAGCUUUAACAACCGGGAGUCUCGCCGGAGAUGGUUGGAUGCAGACUGCUCAGAGAGUUUACAAGAGCAAAUUGCCUAGCUGGGGAAGUUUUUGCUCCUCAAAUGUGGAAAAUUUGAGCAGAAAGUUGGCUUGUAUGGAGGUGAAGCAGAAUCUGUCUUCGCCAUGUUGUCUGAGUUUCCGGAGAUUCUUCCAUUUUGGUAAUGUAGACCAGGGUGAAACUUCCAGACCAAUGGACUUUGUAAGAGGAAUUAUGGAAGAAGGUGGGAAUGGCAGAUUUGGAAGAUUCCAACAGUCUCAGAGUGAGCAAAAUGCUGACAUUUUACGUAUCACAAUGCUCCGCAACAACACUUUCGUAGCAAUCACAGAUUCCAAAGGACAGAAGAAGCCAGGAGUGUGCGCUUCAGCAGGAACUGUGCCUGACAAGGGGGGAAAAGAUUCUCGGAUUAGUGCUGAAGCUGCUUGUGAAUAUGUCGGCCGUGAAGCUAAGAAAGCUGGAGUUAAAACUGUAGUGGUCAAAGUUAGCGGGUUUACACAUUUCAAAAGGAAAAGACAAGCAAUAAUGGCUUUCAGGGAGGGCUACACGUUUGGUCGCGGAGAUCAAACUCCAAUCAUAUUCAUCGAGGAUAAAACUCGGCAAGCACACAAUGGGUGCCGUAAGCCUAAAAAACGCCGUAUCUAGUUGGCUGAAGCUUGAAUUAUGGUCCAUUUGUAAUUGGCUUUAUCCAGAACUCUUGAAGGAUGCUGAACCUCUUCCUGAACAAAUUGCUUGGUGUUUCCUGAAAUCUUCUAGAUGUAGUAUAACUUUCAUAAAACAAAACCUGGUGCAGGAAACUUACAUGCCCUUUGUUGGUUAUGAAUUUGUUUGACUAUUUCAUUGUAGUUAGUCUUCGGAAUGUUUUAUGAACUUGAUUUUAGGGAAUAUGAUUUGAUAUUAGAAUUUUUGAAAUUCUAGAUUUUAAUGAAGUUGUUUUAGUUUAAGUCAUGCUUAUCUUUGUCAUUUAGAUUUUAGACCAUGAUGUUAUCUUCCUACUGGUAUUAAAUUGAGUUGGUAUCCUUGCAUUUCUGCAGGUGGUGGUUUCCUGAUCUUUUGUGGAGCUUCCUUAUGUCUUUUUGUUCUAGAGUUACUAGAAUA